AUGAUCAACUUCGGCGUCAGAGAGGUCGCAAAUUCUAAGAACAGCGCUCCGGGGUGGUCUUAUGUGCCAGAUACAGGAGUCAGCACGUCUGUUACAGCCUUACAGCCUUCUUCUCGAAAACGCGCCCGCAACCAGAACAUCGCCAGCAGCCACGAAACGACCGCGAGGCAGGACACGAAGACAAUCCGCGACCUUGCUGCUCUCGAUCGCGAGAACUACAGAGAUGUGUCGAUCCCGGUGCCUAUACGGCAUCGUGACAACGCCGGACGAGUGAGCCACGGAAAAGUGACAUCCGGCGUCCGCAAGAUCUUGCAGUCCCAAAAGACAUUCGCAAACUACCUCUCCGACUUUGAAGCCCUAGCCCAUACCUCAUCCGGCCUGCCGUCAGUCGUAUCAGCGCCUUCCUCGACGCCCGCUCCGCCCGUUCCGCGUGCAGCACCAGGCACGUCCGCUCCGCACCUCACCAGCAAAGGCACUCGCUCGCACAAGAAGAAAGUCCCCAAUGCCGUCUCGGCGCCCACUCCGCUCCGGAGGGUCUCCACUCUAUCAGCUGUCAAGCCCGAGCCUAGCAUGGCAGACAUGCCCAUGCCGGAUGCGCCUGUCCUCUCCCAGGGGAAUUCGACUUCACCCAUCCCGCAUCCUGGCGACACGGACCCGCUGCUCGUGUCGAGGAUUCCGCCGAUGCCUUCGCAGGCGGAGGUAGAGAAGCUGUUGGCGGCACCGCCGCUCACGUACAAUGAGGCGAGAGGCCCCUGGGUGGAGGAGGAUGCCAGGAAGCCCGUGAGGCAGUUCUGCGAGAUUUGCGGGUAUUGGGGGAGGGUGAGGUGUAUGAGGUGUGGAGGGAGAGUGUGUGCUUUGGAGUGCUUGAACCAACAUCAUCUGGAUUGCUUUACGAGGUAUGGGGCUUGA